AUGGCGUCAGUGUCUUCUCUGGAGGAGUAUUUCUUCACUUGUCCAGUCUGCCUGGAGCUGUUGAGGGAUCCAGUGACUAUUCUAUGUGGACAUAAUUUCUGUAUGAGAUGCAUUAAGGGCUGCUGGGAUCAGGAGGAUGGGAAAGGAGAAUACAGCUGUCCCCUCUGCAAUCACACCUUCGACUCCAGGCCUGUCCUCCAUAAAAACCAUCUGAUGGCUGAAAUGGUGGAUAAGUUCAGGAAGACCAACAUCCAAGCUGCUGCUCCUGCUCGCUGUUAUGCUGGACCUGGAGAUGUGCCGUGCAAUGUCUGCACUGGUAGAAAACUCAAAGCUGUCAAGUCCUGUCUGGAGUGUCUGAUGUCUUUCUGUGACACUCAUUUAAAAACUCACAAUGAACUUCAUGGUGAAUAUCACACCAUCGUUGAUGCCACAGGCCAGCUACAGGAGAGGAUCUGUCCCCAUCAUAAGAAGGUUUUAGAAAUAUUCUGCCGCACCGACCAGAGUUGCGUCUGCUAUCUGUGUACCAUGGACGAUCAUAAAGGCCAUGACACGAUUAUGGCUACAGCAGAGUGGAGUCAUAAAAAGGAGGGGUUGGGGCAGAGCCAGAGGAGAUGCCAUCAGAAAAUCAAGUUGAAGGAGAAGGAGCUGCAGGAGCUGAGGAAGGCUGUGGAGACUCUC